GCACCCGUUUCCUCCUCACGUGACCGCCUCCUUCUUCGCCGAGUAGCAAAAACUAGCACGACGAAAGGAGCUUUUUUAAUCUUUUAAAAUUCCAUUUUGUCAUCUUGCGGUGGCCUGCGGACGCUAAACAAGACGUGCGGAAAGUCACUCGGGCUUCCAAGAUGCCGUCCAACAAAUCUGUGUCGGAGGCGCCCAUCACUCAGAUGCUCAACUGCAGGAUCCUCAGGGACCACCGACUGCAGAGGGAGGACCUGUGGGUGCGCGAGGGGAAGAUUCUGGAUCCCGAGAAGCUCUUCUUCGACGAGCAGGGCUACGCCGACGAGCAGGUGGACUGCGGCGGCGCCGUGGUGGCGCCGGGCUUCAUCGACGUGCAGAUCAACGGUGGCGUCCGCCGCCCGGCCGUUUUUCGGUGUUGGCGCUCUCGCGCCUCUGACGGCGUGUGCGCCCCCCUCCCCCCCGCAGGCGGUUACGGCGUGGACUUCUCGCAGCCCUCCGACCGCGUUGGCGACGGUGUCUCUUUGGUGGCGCGCAAGCUUCUGGAACACGGCGUCACGUCCUUCUGCCCCACGCUGGUCACGUCGCCGGCGCACGUCUACCGCAAGGUUCUACCCCAGAUCAAAGUCCAGGACGGCGGUCCUCACGGAGCGGGCGUCCUCGGCGUCCACCUGGAGGGUCCCUUCAUCAGCGCCAAGAAGAAGGGCGCCCACCCCGAGCGCUUCCUGCGCACCUUCUCGGGGGCCGGGGCGGCGGCGGACCUGAUGGACGCCUACGGCGCCCUGGAUAACGUCGCCGUGGUGACGCUGGCGCCCGAGCUGGAGGGCAGCCGAUCGGCCGUCGGCGAGCUGCGGCGGAGGGGCGUGACCGUGUCGCUCGGGCACUCGGUGGCCAACUUGGCGCAAGCGGAGGAGGCGGUCUGCCACGGAGCCUCCUUCAUCACGCACCUCUUCAACGCCAUGCUGCCCUUCCACCAUCGCGACCCGGGCAUCGUGGGCCUGCUGACCAGCGAGCGGAUCCCGCCGGGCGAGACGGUUUUCUACGGGAUGAUCGCAGACGGGAUCCACACCAACCCGGCCGCCCUGCGCAUCGCCCACCGCGCCCACCCGGCAGGUUUGGUUCUGGUGACGGACGCCAUCGCGGCCAUGGGCCUCCCGCCGGGCCGACACACGCUGGGUCAGCAGGACGUGGAGAUCUGCGGCCCGCACGCUUACCUGGCAGGCACGCAGACGCUGAGCGGCAGCAUCGCCGCCAUGGACGCGUGCGUCAGGCACUUCAAGCGGGCCACAGGCUGCAGCGUUGAGGAGGCCCUGGAGGCGGCGUCGCUGCAUCCCGCUCAACUUUUGGCCAUCAGCGAGCGCAAAGGAACGCUCGACUUCGGAACGCACGCAGAUUUUGUGCUGCUGGAUGACGAACUCAACGUGAAGGCCACGUUCAUUUCUGGACGGGAAGUUUGGACCAAAACCGCAGAAGAGCAACAAAAGCCCACUUAAAAAGCGACUGCGACAACUUUUGGACUCGAUUUUUCAUCCCACGUCCCAUCGUCCUUUGCGGUCCCGACGACAUUUCCCGUUGGAGCUUGAAAGUCCGGCGUGUCCUCAGGAGGGCAGGAAGCCCCGCCCCCGCCCGGCGUACCUGGGAGGUGAGCUUCCGGGGGGGGGGUCAUCCUCGUCACAGGCUGCGUUUCGGAACGCCGCUUAGCCCAAAAGUUGUCCAACUGCGCAUGUUUUAAUCGACCCCCGAGGAUCCGAACUAGUUUUGGCGAGCGCGGAGGGAACUUUCCUGCGUCUGGCUUCGGACGCGACCCAAACACGGCCGAUCGCCGCCCGGAGGUCGGCGGGGCCCUCGCGUCUCCUUCUUCCGUUUGUAACGUCAACUUCAUUUGAAGUAAAGAAGUUCUGCCGCUUCCUGCCGACGUUUCACAAUAAAAGGGUUUCGUAGCAAAUGA